AUGGCAACAAUAAAAGGCUCACAGCGUCCUGUGACGCGUCCAUGGAAUACAAAAGACCUGGGGAAACGACUGGGCGUCGACGUCGCCAGCGCAGCAACUGCUGGCGCGCUGACCUGUCCCUUGAUCACGAUCAUUGAUCGUGCGAUCAUGGAAAAAGCAUCCAAAGGGUUCCCAAUCCAACAAACCAUAACAUCGUGUCUUCGAUCAAUGGUCGCCCGUCCAGCAGGGUUCUUCUUCAGCACUCCUUUCAUCCUAAUCUAUACCCUCUACGGCUCAACCUACCUCACUGCCAAUGCAAUCGAUACCGUCACCGCAACCAUGCGCAAUCACUCCUACGAUACAAUAGACACCGGCUUUGCAAAGUUCAUCGCCACGACAACCGUAAAUAUGGCCAUUUGCGUGUACAAAGAUGCCCGUUUCGCCAAAAUGUUCGGCGCUCAACCAUCUUCCACUCCGUCUCACCCCCUACGCGCGCCUACACCCACGCCCCAGAUCCCCAAAACCUCAUACUCCCUCUUCUGUCUCCGAGACAGCAUCACAAUCUUCGCUUCUUUCAAUAUCCCCGCCAAAAUCGCUCCGUCUAUUCCUGACUUCAUGGCUUCUACACCCGGCAUGAAGGCUUCGAUUGCCCAGUUCGCUUGUCCAGCUCUCAUGCAGUUCGCGAGUACCCCGAUGCAUCUCCUUGGGUUGGAUCUGUAUAACCGUCAGCCGGAGGGUGGACUUCGGUGGACGGAUCGCGCGAGUAGGAUUCGUCGUGACUAUGUGGCUAGUUGCUUUGCGCGCAUGGGUAAGAUUGUUCCUGCCUAUGGUAUCGGUGGAACUGUUAACGUGCGCAUGAGGAGUUACUUGAUGAACUUCAUCGAGAGUAAGUGA